AUGGGGCGCGGAGGUGUGGCGAUUCCGGUGCUAGGUCUCGAGCCAGUAGAGGGUUUAGUGAGGGAGCUCCGGGAGAAGUGGCGUAACGUGUUAAGUCGGCAGGACUGUGGUGCGUUUCGUGGUCACUACACGGUGAUGGAUAAAGUAGAUGAUCCGGAGACAGUAGUGCGGUGUGUUGAGGAACUACGCUGCAAAUUUCAGCCCCAAGGGUAUCCGGGAACAGCGUUAGGGCUGAGUUUAUGGUGGUAUGAUCAUGGCUGGUGGCGCCAUGAGACAGACUUCCCAUUUUUAAAGGCUGAAGUAGGGGAUUCGUAA